GGAAUUAGAGAGACUAAUAUGCGUCAUAAUCAAAGCGAGCCGCAUCAUGCGCUUCAUGCGUUUAUAUAAAGAGGCGCACGCCCACCCCUUCUUCUUUUACAUAUAUACACACACGUAUACAACAAUAACAAAAUGAUUGCUCGUCAAGCCGCUACUGUUUCCAAGAGAUCCAUGACUCCCUUGUCUCGCCGCAUGUUUAGCGCCUCGCGUACCGCUGCCGAAGAGGGAGGCACCAAGAAGUUUUCUGAAAAGGAGAGAGCCGCUGAGAAGCAGUAUGUUCAACAACAGGAUCAAAAAAAGUUGGAAGCACUGCGCAAGGCUCUUGAGGAGCAAGAAAAGACCACCAACCAACUCAAGAAGGAUCUCGAGUCUUUAAGAAAGGGCAAAUAGAUACAUAUUGUAGCCGGGCGAAUGUAUAUAAUAUACCAGCUUGGGAACGUGCUCAAACUUGUAAAUAAUAAUAAAUAAGAAAGAAACAUCCUUUUUCUUCGUUUGAAACCAUUCAUUCAG